AAAAAUUAUGAAAACUUGUUGAUAUUGUUUUUGAAGAAAAUAAAAGGUAUAGUUGUGAAUAGUAAAAUAGCUACUAAUAAGAGGGGUAACGCCAAAAGAAAAAAAGGAAAAAACUCCAUAGGCAAGCAAUGCAAAAUCAAGUCGGUCUUGGGACUGGUGGUUAGUCGUUAGCUGUUUUUAAGUUUUGACGACGAAGAAUGCACACGUAAAGCCAACACCAUGAUGUUGACACCGGAUCCCAGCUCCUCAAAGGGAGGUCUUUCCGUUUUUUAUCCUUUUGGAUAGCCGUCGUUUUCGGAGUUGGACAGCUGCCCGUCGCAUGUUGAUGUUUGUGCUGAUUGAUUGAAAUUUCACUGAAUUAAAGUAAGGUGCGUUGUUAUUGACGGACAGUACAAGUGCGAUGAUAUCUUUGAAGGACAUAGCGAGAUUGGUGAAUGGGUUAUCUCUGGUGGCUAAGGAGGGCGUCAGCGUCCCCCGUAGUGCUCAAUUGGAAACCCUAAUCAAGGCCUCGAUUCUCUCUGCCGCGGACUUCGCGGGACUAACUAGAGGCAAGCUCCGAAGUCUCGACACUCGGGCACCUCAGGUUGACAGUAGUGAUGAUGCCCAUAGGAAUACAGGCAGCGUGUUCAACUUCAUGGAUGAUGCUGAUAAUCCGCCUCCGAAAUCCGAGGCCCAAGUGAAGCCCGAUGCCGACGGAACUUUACAAAUGGUUGCCCCCUCCAUCUCGAAUGGUUCCGUCAAUGCAGAUUUUCAAACUUCCUUAGAUGCAGAUCUGCAAGAUGGCCCCUCGACCUCAAAUGCCGCCAUAAUGGACGGGGUUGUGAGUACCUCGAAGCAAAGGAAGCCCAGGGAGAGGAGAGUUCCUUCUACCCCUUUCUCCAGAGCGAUAGGGUUUGCCGGGCUUGGAGCUGGUCUUGCAUGGGGCACACUUCAGGAGUCUGCGAAGAGGAUUAUGUUUGGUACACAUAACUCGAAAAACGACCAACAUGCCCUUUCCCCAUUCUUGUCUGAGAGAAAUGCAGAACGUUUAGCCCUUGCAUUAUGCAGAAUGCGUGGAGCAGCUCUCAAGUUAGGCCAAAUGUUGAGCAUCCAAGAUGAAUCUCUUGUACCUGCACCGAUCUUGGCAGCUUUGGACAUUGUCCGUCAGGGUGCAGAUAGGAUGCCAAGGAAUCAGCUCAAUCAGGUCUUGGAUGCCGAAUUGGGUCCCAACUGGUCAUAUAAAUUGAUGAGUUUCGACUAUGAACCAAUGGCUGCAGCAAGUAUAGGACAGGUUCACAGGGCUGUCACAAAAGAUGGUUUGGAGGUUGCAGUGAAAAUUCAGUACCCUGGAGUUGCCGAUAGCAUUGAAAGUGAUAUUGAGAAUGUCAAAUUGCUGUUAACUUAUACAAACUUGAUGCCAGAAAAACUGUAUAUUGACAAUGCAAUGAAGGUUGCAAAGGAAGAACUUUCUCGUGAAUGUGACUAUGAACUGGAGGCCAAAAAUCAGAAAAGGUUUCGUAGUCUGCUGACCAAUGUAAAAGGAUUAUAUGUUCCAUUUGUGGUGGAUGAUUUAUCCAGUAAAAGAGUGUUAACCACAGAAUUAGUUCAUGGUGUUCCGAUUGAUAAGGUGGCAUUGCUAGACCAAGAAACUCGCAAUUAUGUUGGGAAAAAGUUACUUGAGCUUACUUUGAUGGAGUUAUUUAUCUUCCGGUUCAUGCAGACUGAUCCUAACUGGAGUAACUUUUUAUAUGAUGAGACGGGUAAAUCAAUCAAUCUUAUAGAUUUUGGAGCAGCUAGGGACUACCCAAAACAUUUCGUGGAUGAUUACUUACGGAUGGUUCUUGCUUGUGCAAAUAGUGACAGAGAGACAGUGCUUGAGAUGUCAAGGAGACUUGGAUUUCUUACAGGAAAGGAAUCUGAAAUUAUGUUGGAGGCUCAUGUCCAGGCAGGUUUUGUUGUGGGGCUGCCAUUUGCCAAGCGCGGAGGCUAUGAUUUUGGAUCAACCAAUAUUACUCAAAGCAUUUCGAACCUUGGGGCAACAAUGCUCAGGCACAGGCUAACGCCCCCACCAGAAGAGGCAUACAGCCUGCACAGGAAGCUUUCAGGUGCUUUCCUUGCGUGCAUCAAGCUCCGAGCUGUUGUUCCAUGUAGGGAGCUUCUACUUGACGUUUACGAGAAUUAUCACUUUGGUGAAGAUAGUGGUCAAAUGUUGUCGACAAGUUCAAUUUAAUUGAUGAAUAGAUAUUAUUUGAGUGUAUUUCUUGUGGAUGUAACUCGUCAAGACUAUUUUGAGAUGUAAUUGUUUUCAUCUUUCAGUACAGUGUAGCCGGAAUGAAAAGGUCAGAUGACCCUGUUGAGUAAAAGAAAUAAAAGCAAAAAACAGGAGAAAAGUGGAGAAUGGACAUAAAUUAUUUGCUUUUCAUUUAUAAUAUAAUUAUUCUUUAUAGCUGGUAAA